AAUUCCACUGCUUACUUCGUCUCGACCCUUCUUCAUUAGUCUUCACUUAAAGCAGGCUUUCAAGAAUUCCAUAGCAGCUCUCUAAUUUUCUCCCGUGCCACUCUCCUUUGUUAUCCUCACAGCAUUUAGCCAAUUGGGUUUUCCAUUUCCUCGCAGGAAGUUUAACUACCCCUCGUUCUUUCCUUGAGUGCAUUCAGCUAUCUCACUGGUCCUACCUUGGGAUUUGUCACCUGAAGUUUUUCCUUCCAUGGCUUCGUCUGAGAUUGAGGUCGUAGCAUCACCCAACUCAAGAUCUCAGACAAACAAUGAAGUUGCCAUCGUGGACGUUUACUCUGCUUCUGCUUAUGGGGACUUCCAGAAAGUGAGGAGUUUCGUUGAAGACCAUGGAGCUUCACUUUUGAUUCCUGAUUCCAACGGGUACUAUGCUCUGCAAUGGGCUGCUCUAAACAACUUCUCUGAUAUCGUCCAGUACAUCAUUGAGCAUGGAGCAGACGUUAAUUCCUGUGACAAAUUGCAGCAGACAGCACUUCACUGGGCAGCUGUUCGGGGUUCAAUCAUGGCUGCAGAUGUCCUCCUGCUGAAUGGAGCUCGAGUGGAGGCAGCUGAUAUAAAUGGGUAUCGGGCAGUUCAUGUUGCUGCUCAAUACGGACAAACUGCAUUCUUGAAUCACAUUGUUGCCAAAUUCCAUGCUGACUUUGAUGUUCCUGAUAAUGAAGGGAGGAGUCCUCUUCAUUGGGCUGCAUACAAAGGAUUUGCAGAUACAAUUAGACUUCUUUUAUUCAGAGAUGCAAGCCAAGAAAGACAAGAUAAAGAAGGCUGUACCCCUUUGCAUUGGGCUGCAAUAGGAGGAAACGUGGAGGCAUGCACUGUUCUUGUGCAUGCAGGAACAAAGAAAGAAUUGUUGAUCAAAGACAGUGCCGGUUACACACCUUUUCAACUUGCAACUGAUAAAGGUCAUCGGCAAAUUGCUCAUAUCCUCUCUAAAGCACAACGGACGCAUCGCAGCCACUUGGGAGCAAAAUUUUGUACUUGGAAUAUUGGAAAUUUUGGUUAUGCUCCUAUUUUACUAUGUGUCAUCAUUAUUCUGGUGAUCCUCUUCAUCAACUCAGUUCUUGCAGGCCCAAAUCUUGCGAAGGUUACUGCUGUUAUUGGGCUUUGGGCGUGGACUGCCCUCUGUUUGGCAUUUGUUUCUUUGUUAAUGUUUUAUAGAUGUAGUAGCAAAGAUCCAGGAUAUAUAAAAAGACCCGGAGAGUUGAAUCCUACCAAUACAGAGGAUCCUUUGUUGAGCAUUGAUCUCAACAAUUCUUCAGUGUGGGUGGGGAAUUGGUCUCAACUAUGCCCCACAUGCAAGAUAAUUAGACCCGUUCGUUCGAAGCACUGUCCUACUUGUAACAGAUGUGUGGAACAGUUUGACCAUCAUUGUCCGUGGAUAUCUAAUUGUGUGGGGAAGAGGAAUAAACGGGACUUUUUUGUUUUCAUCUGCUUGGGAACUUUGACAUCAUUCCUUUCUGGCUAUAUUGCCAUACAAAGAAUAUUUACAGUGCCUUCAGCAUUGCCAACUGGAGAAACUUGGUUUCAUCAUGUGGUGGUUCAUUAUCCUGGAAUCAUUACGUUUCUUUUUCUGGAUGCUAUUAUAUUUAUUGCUGCCACAACUUUGACCGUAGCUCAGGCGUCUCAGGUAGCACGAAAUAUCACCACUAAUGAACUGUCAAAUGCCAUUCGCUAUGGUUAUCUUCGUGGUCCAGAUGGGAAAUUUCGGAAUCCAUAUAAUCAUGGAUGUCGAAAGAAUUGCUCUGAUUUCCUCAUUCAAGGCUAUACAGACGACGAGAUUGCUUGGCCUCCAUUACAACGAGCUGUCAGUUAGAUUGAUCUCCAUUGCACAGUUUUACCUAUAUUAGUCACAAGCCUGGACUUGGCAUCUUCAAAUCCUCUUGGAGCUGAUUAUUGGCCAACGGCGUUGUUCGAAAUCCUUCUGUUGUUGAUAUACACGUAUGAAUGAAUUAGAAUGUCCAUGCUGUCUAACUGACAAUGUAAGCCCUGAAAUAGGAUAGAAAUGAAAGGUCAUAGAAAGAUAUUUUUAUAAGUUGAUUACCAAAUAAUGAAGCAACAACUGACUGUAAAAUUCAUUUGGUACAGUUCUCAUGUAACUUGGAAGCUCUAAUUUCACACAUGAGAUUAGAAUCUCCUAUCUUGUUUCUCUAUUAUGGUUGCACAUUGCUUUUGUGGUUU